GGGACGCGAAGGCCGCCGGGGCCUCGACAGGCGCCCCGUGCACCGGCCCCCGCGGCGCUGGCGCGGGGCGUCCGGCGGUGCCAGCCGGGCUGUCCAGCCGCGGCCAUCGGAUCCUCCCGGAGGGAGGGGGCUCGGAGCUUAUUUAAGGUGCCGGGCGGCCCCGGGCGGGCGCACUCGGAGCCAUGGCGUCGCAGCUGGAGGGGGCCAUGGAGACGCUCAUCAACGUCUUCCACCACUACUCGGGCAAGGAGGGCGACAAGUACAAGCUGAGCAAGAAGGAGCUCAAGGAGCUGCUGCAGAGCGAGCUGGGCUGCUUCCUGGAGACCCAGAAGGACGCGGGCGCCGUGGAGAAGAUCAUGCAGGACCUGGACGAGAACGGCGACGGGGAGGUGGAUUUCCAGGAGUACGUGGUGCUGGUGGCCGCCCUCACCGUGGCCUGCAACACCUUCUUCUGGGAGAACGCCUGAGCCGGGCCGCCCCCCGCCCCGCCCGGCCCCCCGAAACGCGGAGCCACCCCCCCGCACCCCCUCGGUCCCGGAGCCUCCCGCCGGCAUCUGGCUCCGCAAUAAAGGCAGCGA